AUGAGCCCAGUCGUUACAAAACGCACUUCUCGCACCUUUAGUGGCAACCCCACGCCGGUCGCUGAGCAGGCAGACGAUCUCGAUGAUAGGUGGAUCGUGAAGGAGCGAUCAAUCGACGAAAGUCGCCCACUUAGGGUGGUUAUCAUCGGUGCGGGUGUCUCGGGAAUCAUGGCGUGUGUUCGCUUUGUGCAGAGAAUUCCUAAUCUGGAACUGUGCAUUUACGACAAGAAUGCGGAUGUUGGAGGCACUUGGUUUGAGAAUCGCUAUCCAGGCUGCGCUUGUGAUAUCCCGGCCCAUACUUACCAGGCGACCUUUGAACCAAACAAAGAAUGGUCACAAUUUUACGCGAGCGCUCCCGAAAUCCACAGAUACUGGAAACGCGUUGCCUCUAAGUAUGGGUGCAUGAAAUAUAUGAAGCUUAAGCAGAGGGUGUCUGAGGCAAUCUGGGAUGACGACCAGUCCAAGUGGUGCUUGAAGAUUCAAGAUGCAGAUAGUGGAACUAUCUAUUCGGACAAAUGCGACCUUUUAAUUCAGGCAACCGGGGCACUGAACGAUUGGAAGUGGCCGAAGAUCCCCGGUCUUCAUGACUUCAAGGGGAAGCUCAUGCACAGUGCCACGUGGGACGAAAGCUACGAUUACAAGGCACGUUUAAGCCAGCGCGUUGCUGUUAUCGGUAACGGGUCGAGUGGAAUUCAGAUCGUGCCUGCAUUGUUACCCGAUGUGACGCACAUCGACCAUUACGUUCGCAGCCGGACAUGGAUUGCGCCAUCCUUUGCACGGGACCAAAUCGAUCGGCGUGGCAAGAAAUUAGAUAAUAUUUCGUUUACUCCCGAGGAGCUCGAGAGUUUUAAGAAGGACCACCAGGUGUACCAGAAGUUCCAGGUCGAGUUACAACUACAGUCGAUCCACGGAGCCACCUUGACAGGCUCUGAAAUGCAGAUCCAUGGGCAACAGCAUUUCGCCGAGAAUAUGAAGGCACGCUUGGCCAACAAGCCAGAGCUCUUUGACGAGCUUCUCCCUUCCUUCCCACCUGCUUGUCGGCGCCUGACCCCCGGACCAGGGUAUCUGGAGGCAUUGACUGAUCCCAAGGUGGAUAUGAUCAAAUCAGAGAUCGUCAAGGUUGACGAGACGGGUAUCGUCACUGCUGACGGACAACACCGACCCGUUGAUAUGCUCGUCUGCGCCACUGGCUUUGACACAUCAUCUACGCCUCGCUUCCCUAUCAUCGGGUCUAAAGGAGUGUCACUGUCGGAGAAGUGGAAAGACACCCCGGAGAAUUACUUGUCUGUGACAACAGACGGGUUCCCCAAUUUCUUCAUCUGCCUUGGACCUAACUCCGGUCUGGGCGAAGGCAACCUCCUCCUUCUCAUUGAGAAGACAAUAGACUACUUUACUGAAUGCAUACAAAAAAUGCAGCGCGACAACAUCCGCUCGAUGACCGUGCGCCGUGACGCUGUUAGGCGGUUCACCAAGUAUUGUGACCAGUACUUCUCCCUCACGGUGUUCAGUAGCAAGUGCCGCAGCUGGUACAAAGGCGGCACCGAGGAGGGACGAGUCGUUGCACUUUGGCCAGGUUCCUCGUUGCAUGCUAUGAAGGCAUUUGCCAAUCCGAGGUGGGAAGACUUUGAGUACGAGUAUCUCGACGACAACCCUACUGGCUGGCUGGGCGACGGGUGGACGGAGAACGAGAAAUACAACCGCAUCAACGUGGACUACUUGGAUGACGACCAGAUCGACUUUCCUCAGCCGGCAUCGGAAUUUACAAUCUCUGUCUAG